AUAGUGACUCGGUUGGUUGGAGGAGAUAAGCCUUUUCAAGGUCGAGUAGAAGUGUUCUACCGAGGAAUUUGGGGAACAGUAUGUGACGACGAUUGGGAUUUAAAGGACGCCACAGUAGUUUGCCGCGAGCUUGGAUUUUCAGGGGCUAUUAGGGCAUACAGCAGGGCGACCUUUGGGCAAGGAAGUGGACCAAUAUGGAUGGAUGACGUACAGUGUGAUGGACAGGAGAAUUCGUUGACAGAGUGUCGACACCAAGGAUGGGGUGAAGAAAACUGUGGUCACAGCGAAGACGCUGGUGUGAAGUGCUCUCAAGGUAAGAAUAAACAAACAGUUUUAACUUAAAAGUGUUUUUACAAGCUCAUUAUGAUAUCAUAUCUUUGACCAAUGUAAAGAUGAAGUCGACCAAAAAGCUAACCAAAAACGGUCCAAAAUCUUUUAGCUGCUGUUCGCUUGGUAAAUGGUACAGAUUCGACCCUCCAAGGCCGAGUAGAAGUUUUCUAUAAUGGAACCUGGGGAACAGUAUGUGAUAACGGAUGGGACCUUACAGACGCCAACGUCGUUUGUCGUGAGCUUGGUUUAGGAUUAGCUGUUAAAGCAUUGACGUCCUCGGCAUUUGGAAUGGGAAAAGGAAAAAUAUGGAUGGAUGAUGUACAGUGUAUAGGAAGUGAAAGGUUAUUAGCAGAGUGUACCCACAGAGGCUGGGAAAAAAGUUACUGUGAUCACAGUAAAGACGUGGGUGUAGUGUGCAAUUCAGGUAACGAGAUAAUUUUCAUUUUAAACAAAAAUGGGAAGGAAGUAUUGGCAAAUAUCACUUUUGUACGGAAAUGGCUUGACGUCGAACGGGAAGCGAUCUUUACUAUGGACUAUGCGGGGAUACCUUUUAAAGGUUAGAGGUAUAUAAAAGGAUAGGAAUUAAACUACUUGGAAAGCAAGGGGGAAAAAGUGCCAUUCAGGUACUUGAAAUAGGUCUUUUGAAACCUAAAAGUGUCAAAAGACUUAAUAUCUGAAGGCUGAUCAAUAUAUCUUUUUUUUGUCUUUUUUUUUUUUUUUUAAAGAAAUACCUUGGUUGUUCGGUAACUACACUGGGGGGCAAAGUCUACGGAAGCGAUAUUGAACGGUCAGCUGUCCGCUGUUGAAAUACAAAUGAGUAACCUUUUCCCUUACUGACUUAGGAAUCUCGGUUUAAAAUUUGGCCAUAAUGCUUUAUGCUGUAGGUCUUCUUGUCGUAAAAUUCAGGUGUAAUCAGGCUCGUAAUUUCAAAUAGUCCUUUUUUAUGCGCUUGGCCUAUUUUAAAUUACUCGCCUGAUUACUCCCUGAUUUGUAAUCCACUCUGUCCUAUUACAAUUACUUAUUGUUAUUCCAAGGAAAUCUCUUCUGGAAAGAAGAGAGUCACUCAGAACGAGGUUGGUAUAUAUUGAUCAGUAAAGUUAGGGUAAAGAGGAGGCCGGAUUUGUCAGAAAAUUAAUUAAUGUCUCGUUGUUGCAGUUCGCUUGAAAGAUGGUGGAGACGUACAUACCAGCUCGGGCCGAGUGGAAGUUUUUUACGGUGGAACCUGGGGGACAGUGUGUGGUUAUGCCUGGGACCUAACGGACGCCAACGUAGUUUGCCGACAGCUUGGAUUUGAAGGAGCUUUCAAAGCAACUACAUCAGCGACUUUUGGGAAAGGAACAGGAAAAAUAUGGAUGACUAAUGUACGGUGUACAGGAAAUGAAAGGUCAUUAAGGGAAUGUAGGCACAGCUGGUGGGAGGUAAAGAACUGUGACCACGAUGAAGAUGCUGGAGUAGUGUGCAAGUAUGCAGGUAUACAGACAAUUUAGUUUAUCUCAAGCUUAACUUAAUGUAUUUUAUGGAAUUUUUGGCCGACCCUCAGCAGGCUAAUUGUAUUUUCUUCAGACAGCUAUCUAUAAUCCUAGCUUACUUUAUUUUCUCUGUCAUCAUCAGCUCGUCUAGUACGAGGGCAAUCACCGCGGGAGGGUCUUGUGCAAGUUUACUACAAUAAUACUUGGUACUGGGUGUGCGCAGAUCAGUGGGACAAACACGAUGCUGAUGUGGCUUGCAAAAUGAUGGACUUCGAUGGGUCACUGUCGACUAAUUCUGAACGUCAGGAAAAGAAGCCAAAAGAAACGUGGGCAUGGCUGACCAAUAUACAAUGUACUGGAAACGAAUCUUCUCUACUUUUGUGCGGUUAUGACUCUUCUCUAUUAUCACAGGGCUGUAAAACGAAAAGACUAGCUGGGGUGAAAUGCAGAAAAACACAAGGUAAAUAUUUCUACAUCAUGUAAAAUAUAUAACGCCAAUAGCAGUCGCUGUCACUGUUAUUUUCACUGUCACUAACAUUGUCACUGCCACUGUCACUGUCUUCUACACUGUCAUCUUCACUGUUGUUGCCACUGUCACUGUAGCUGUCAUUGUUACUAUCCUGUCACUGUCACUGUCGAUGUCAUUUUAAUCGUCACUUCACUGUCAUUGCCGACAUUGUAACUGUCGCUGCCAUUGUCACUGUCAUUGUUUUUGUCAUUGUUUUUGUCAUUGUCACUGUCCUCUCACUGUCAUUGUCAUUUCCCUGUUGAUGUUAGUGUCACUGUCAUAGUGCUUACACUAACACUGUCACUGUGAACGCGAAUAUUGUUAUUUUUCUAAUUGUAGCUCGUUUGGUUGGUGAGAGUAAGAAGGAGUACAAAGGCCCAGUGGAAGUAUUUUUCAAUGGAACCUGGAGGACAGUGUGUGGUGACAGAUACUGGGAUCUAAAACUGGCCAACAUAGUCUGUCGUCAUCUUGGAUUUCCAGGUGCUCUAGUGGCAGCCACAACGCCAUCAGUCGGCAGAUAUAAUUCAGACCAGAGUAAGAAAUGGUUCAGAAGUUCGGGAUGUAAGCGAAAUGAGACGUCACUGAACAAAUGCUUCUAUAACAGGUUGCUAAGCUACUGUUCUAACAGUAAGGCUGCUUAUGUGACCUGCAUUACAGGUAAUGAUAAUGAUGAUGAUGAUAACGAUAUUAAUAAUAAUAACCCUGCCCGAUUUUCUGAAAGGAAGACAUCGCUGAUCCGACGCUCGGAGAAUUUACAAACGACUACCAGCGCACCAUUACCGUUUUUAUCACCAUGUGUAAAAAUGGUUCACAUCUUGCCUACUUGUCCCAACAGACUAGCAUAUAGAUGAUUAGUAAAAUCCAACUAGUGGUCUAUCAUCAAUGCUGCGUUCUGAUUGGUAGAGCUACUACUAGGCUAUAUGUUCUAGCCCACUAGUAGCGAAAAGCGCCGGCUUUUUGGCGUCAAAAAAGGAUUUAAGUCUAGCUUUAACUUGCUAAAGUUGUUUUGUCUCGAUAUUUUUUGGAUUUUACCAAAACAAUUAUUCCUCUCUCCCUCAUGGCCUCUGAGUCAAUGGCCCAUGCUAUUGACUCAGAGCCCAUUCGGGCUCGAGGAAUAAUUGUUAAAUAUAACUUGAAGAAAUGUGCGCAGAGGGGUGCUCGUGCAGGAUACAAUGCGGUAGAAAACCUGUUGACUGAUUGGACGGUGACUUAGAUUGUCAUAGGAAAAGGACCAUCUAAGUAUGGCAUGGAUUGAUGUUAAAAAGGGCGUAUGACUCAGUAGAUCAUUGAUUUUUAAAUGGGGUAAUAUUAUUGCACAGGUUUCCGACCUGGUUGUUUAGGGUCGGUCAGCACUAUGCUUUGUAAGAGUUGGAACACGGGAGUGGUGGCUGUCUCAAGCAACAGGCGUUUUGUCGAUGGAAUGAUCUGUUUUGUUUUUUUUAACACGGGAUUCACCGAGGAAUAAAAAUACCUUAUCUACUUUGUAGACGAGUUUAUUACGAUUUCAAAAACGACCGCAACGGAAUCAAUAGAAAAAAGAACUUUGCCUUCGUGAUAUUCAUUCAGAAAACCCCUAUUUCAUUUGCAAUUCACAGAAUAUCCGAAACUAAAAAAUAUAUAUAUAUACGAAUCAUCUGGUUUUCACCAAAGGGAAUCAUCUAUUACUGGCCUUUUCAUCAAUUGGCUUGAUUGACUCGAGGCAGAGAGAGCUACAUAUGGUGUCCUUAAAGGAACACCUUAACUUCUUUCCGGUUAUCUUUCAGCCGCUUAGCUUGUUCAUUUAACCGCGGAUAAGAUUUCACAUCCACUUGAACUUUUGUGUUUUUUUAGCACGUUUAGUUGGAGGACAAAAUCCGACAGAGGGUUUGAUACAAGUCUACUACAACAAGACUUGGGGCUGGGUGUGUGCAGAUCAGUGGGACAAACACGAUGCUGAUGUUGCUUGCAGAAUGAUGGAUCUGAACGGCUCAUCAACAUUAAAUUUCAAUAACAAAGAAUAUGAGAAGGGAGGUUUUAGGGUAUGGCAUAACAAUAUGAAAUGUUUUGGAAAUGAAAGUUCCCUAUUUGAGUGCGUUCAUGACGGUCUAGGAUCAAAAAACUGUGAGGGGCAGAGGAAAGCUGGUGUAAUAUGCAGAUCAAAAGGUUAGAAAUGUAAAUAAAUAUAAUUGUUAUAAAGCUGGAAAUUUUUUCCCAGCGCGCGCUUUCAUUGAUUACUUCGAAGUCACGUGACAUCUAACAAUGAAACUGUUUCCAGCCAAAAUCUCGAUGUCAACAUUGAGAUUCUCGGGAAGCAAAAUUAACUGUUUCCCUCGGGACCAGUCAUUAAGUGUUUAUUAUGAAUUAACUAAUUUCGGUUUUGUAAUGAGAAGAGCCCAUAUAGAUGGUACCAAAUCAGGCAAAUUGUGAAGUAAAUCUAUGUCACUGACAACGUGUUUUGACCAAAUUUUCUACAGAUUUGCAGCGACUCACAUUACCUUGCAGUUCAUUCCAUUCAUUCUUACCGCGUUUAAGUGGCCCCAUGUAAGGUAAUACAAGACAGCCUUGGUUAGCUUUGAUUCUGGAUUUCACUCAUUAGCGGAAUUAAAGAUUCCUCCUGCUCAAUCCGGAUGCAAAAGCCCAGGAUUCCAAACUCGAACAAGCAAAAAUUUUCCAGAUGACCUUACAUGGGGAAUCAGACAACAUUAAGUUAAAAAGCUGUGGCAAAAAGACAUUUUUUUUUAGUAGUUUGAAACAAUAGAGCCGCUUCGGGCGUCUGCACAAUAAAUUCAGAUCCUUUAUUUUCACGACAGUUCGAUUGGUUGACCUGGAUGAUGCUGCAUCGCAAGGCCGAGUGGAAGUGUUUUACAAUGGAACCUGGGGAACAGUAUGCGAUAAUAGCUGGGAUUUAAGGGAUGCUAACGUAGUUUGCCGUGAACUUGGCUUCGGAGGAGCCCGCUCAGCAUAUCUAAAUGCAGCGUUUGGGCGUGGAAAAGGAAUGGUAUGGCUGAAUUACGUACAGUGCAAAGGAACUGAGAACUCAUUAGCAGAGUGUAGACACAACGGUUGGGGACAGUCAUGUAGUCACAGUAGGGACGUCAGCGUGGUAUGCAGCAGAGGUAUGAAAACAAAAUUGGUCGUUAUCUAGGCACGACGUUGUAAUAUCAUCCUUUUAAACCAUGUUUUUGUAUCAGGAUUUUUUUUUGUCUUUAGAGUCUAUUUAUCUAUAAUUCACUGAUGCCUGUUUUGCGCAUUUGAACACUUUCAUUGAAUUCACAUUAGCGCAGAGAAAAAUACGCUAUACUUGUUGCUAACUUUAAGUACUACCAUUUUUAAAGGCCCAUGUUCACCCUAGAUGCAUUGCGCGCCCUGUACACUCCAGUAAAAAACAUUUCGCGUAGUUGAAAAUCGCUGCCUUCAAUGUGUAAAGUCAAUCUUUGUUAAUCUUCCACAAUUCGCUAAAUCUGGUUUAAAAGAAAGUCUAAACAGGUUCUUUUGGUAUUUUUCUUUACAUCUUUUUGGAUAUUUUGGUGUGGUAUCGAGCCUUUUUCUUUCUGUGAGUGUUUGUUUUCACUGCAGCACUUUCGAUGGCGGCGCCAUCGAAACGUACGGUUGGAAGUCCGCGUCGACGGGGGUCGCCGAAGUACAUUCGUCUCCGUGAAUCCGUUUUUUAAAUCUCUGGAGAGAUGGGAAAGAAGCUCUUGGUUGUAAAUUCCACAGACAGCGUGUUUGCCGAGUUCCUUCUACGUCGAAUGUUGAUGUUCAAUUGUAAACAAACUGAGGUCCCGAUGAAAUCAGUUGAAAGCAAAACAAGCGAGUCAAUCUAACAUGAACAAUGCUUUAUUUAAUUUAACCUAUGAAGCGAGUGAUAUCCUUAACAUAAACUUAUCGUCUGGCGUAUCACGAUUAAAGCUCUAAAGUAACGAGAACUGUUAUUAGCAAACCAAUCCUUAGCAAAACCUAAAGAAAGUGUAACACAGCGAUUACAGCAACAAGACUGUACGCAGUGCUGAUUCGACGCUUUGUAAACACAACUUCUCGCUUAUUCUUUCGACAACACAUACCUAAGCUUCCUAAGAAUUAACACAAAAUAAUAGAUUGAGGAAUCAAAACAUUUCACAGUCGAAUGGGGCUUCAGGAAAAUCUCACCUGGUGCUUAGACGUUUGGUAUUUUUAUGACCUUCAUUGUAUUCAUCGGACUCAACAAAGCAUCCAUACGCAUUCACUACCAGUUUAAAUUUUGAACUGCUUUCUGCGAAGUCGGCGAUAUAUCUUCCUCCAUUUAGAAAAGAAUUAAAGUCUUACUGGCCUCUUUGAUACUGUCUCUUUAAGCUUCGGUUAAGUCUGAGUUAAGCGUGAAAAAAGCUAGUCUUCCUCGCAGUCGUUUUUAGUAUCGUCACGCAACGCUCUUCAAAAGUGGAAGCCAAUCAAAACACUGCAUUUAACAAAAGAAUAAUUUCAAAACAAAAACACAAGCGCGCAAAGCCGUUUUGGUGAACAUGGGCCUUUAAGUCUGAUAACGUCUGUAAAAGUCAGUCAGUUCGGCCUUACUUUUUUCGAAAUUAGCGGCCCUGGAUCGCUUAUUCUGGAAGGGGGGCUUGACCUAGGUUACUUUUGAAGGUUUGUUAUGUUUGGCUGUAAACUAUUUAUCGACCAUUGGGAGGAUUCCAAAUCGAAUCUUUAGAGUGUUGCUGUCAUCGCUGUAUUUUAAUUUGUACAUAACUGCCCCGUGGUGACUUUUUCCGCUCAAUUUUUAUUCUAUCAGCUGUUUCAAAAUUAACGAUACUUUUGUUUGGAUAGUUCUUUUUUUAUUGCCUUUCCUUAGCUCGUUUAAUUUAUGGACAAUCACACCGUGAGGGACUAGUACAAGUUUAUCAUAACAAGACCUGGGGCUGGGUGUGUACUGAUCAAUGGGACAAACAAGAUGCCGAAGUGGCUUGCAGAAUGAUGGGUUUCAGCGGAUCCGUAGCUGCAUUUUAUGGUGACAAACAAAAUAACGAAACAGCGAAUUCCACUGCAUGGCUUAACAAUAUGCAAUGUAACGGAAGCGAAAGUUCCCUAUUUUCAUGUCAGCACGGUGGCUUUGGAUUUCAUGUCUGUAAAGCAAUUGCUGGUGUUCUAUGCAGUUCAGAUGGUAAGAAAGUUGCUGUCACGGAUGAAACUAUUUUCCCUUUUUUAUAUACUCAUAUUUUGUCGAUCACAACGAGCGGCGCAUCCGCUAAAUAAUAUAAUUAAGACACUGUACUCGGAGGAGAUUUUCCGGCUCCCACCAUAUGGGUCAAGCUCGCUGAUGUAACACCAUGGAAAAAUGUUUCACUUACCUCUGCUGAAGGGACACAAAAGGGGUCAACGUGAACAGUCUCACUUAAAACGAUGUCAUACACUAGUAUCACAGAAUUAAUCGUGAAGUUGUUAGUUAUAUAUUAUCUAGAAGCUUGAAAUAAUGACUGCAGCAGAUUCCAAGGCAGAAUAACAAAUUAUAUAUUUUUUUGUUGGUUUAAAAUUAAUAAAUCCAGCCCGGCCAACAUCUAUUCAAGGAGCAGCUCUAUUCAGGGGACACUUGUCUCGGUCCCGAGGGUGUCCCCAGAAUAUAGGUUCCACUGUACAGGUAGAAACGAGGCUGGAGGUGACCUUGUUUUGUUCUUGUUUUGAUACAACCUUCUCUGCCUUAUUACGUAAAUAAUGUUAUUCUGAUGCUAACUAGUAUUUUUAGGCCUAAUUUUCAUCAGAGAAAGGAGGGAGGUUUGUAGAAGGGUCAACCUUAGCCUCCCGUUCACAAAAGGCUUAAGUAUACUAAGCCCAUAACUGUAAAAGGGCCUGUCGUAGGGGGAAAACCCUAAAUCGACCAUAUAAUAUCUAUCAUUAUCAUCAUCAUCACUAUUACUAAUAUGGAAUUCAUUUUACACAGUGGAAAACCCAAAUUUACUUUGACAUUUUCCCCGCUGUUACAGUUUCAGCUCUAUACUACAACCCGAAGUAUAAUAAUUUUCAGGCGAAUUGCGCUGUCUUGUUCCGUUUUCUAAAUCCGGCGGCUGAAAUAAUGUUAAAUAUGCUUUUCCAUACACUUUUGAAAAAAUACCCGAAAUAUACGGAAAUAAGAACAAGGCCCUCGGGAGAAGAAAAAACAAAGUAGGGACCUUCAAGACGAUAUUCGCGGUGGGUUACCCAUCUGAACAACAAUGGGGCUUAUUUUGAUUGGCGCUACAGGUAUAUAAAAAAACCGUUUUGGGCGAGUAUUAUUGCGAGACGCGUAUUCCUAGUUAUUAUUAUCAGUACUUUAAAAAUUAUAUUUAUUUACUUUAUGAUCAGUUCGAUUGGUUGAUUGGGGUAACGUUACAUCUCAAGGCCGCGUCGAAGUGUUCCUCAACGGAGUUUGGGGAGGAGUGUGCAUGGGACGUUACAGCUCGGAUUUAAGGGGAGCCAACGUAGUUUGCCGUCAGCUUGGGUAUAAAGGAGCUGUGGCAGUAGCUUGGUCUUGGCCUAACUGGAGAUAUUAUUGGAAUCCAAAGAGAAGAUGGAUGCAUAACAUAAACUGUAUAGGAAGUGAGAAGUCAUUAACAAACUGUGAUCACAUUGUGUCACCAAGAGCCUGUUCCAGUUAUAAUAAUAGGGAAUCGGAAACUUGUGUUGUGUGCAUUACAGGUAUCAAAACCGACAAAUUGUUUUUUUAUGCAGACAGUCUAAUUUAUUAUUUUCAGUAUAUUUUUCUAAAAUCGAAGUUAAAGAUAUACAGAUGCAUGCAGGGUAUAUUGAUAAUUACCAGAAAAUCAUCACCUUCUUUAUCAAUUUUCUAACAUUUUUCAGUCACAACAUUUUCUAAAACUUUUCUGAAAGUUAAUUAGGACAUCUUAUCAGAAUGGCUCUGUGAAAACAGGUUUUGCCUUCACAAAAGGGAAAACUGACGGACGGGGAAAAACUCUAAAAUUCUCUAGGAAAGGCCUUUUCCUGGGGACACUCGCUGGCUGCGGGAAGGCACGAGAUCUCUUACGCCUGCUGAAUACCCUUGAGACAAUGAUUACAACAGAACUUGGGUCCAAUGUAGAAGUUUAAUCCAAGACUAUACUGCGGUUAGAGUCAGGAACAUAACCAAAGAAAAUCUUACAAAACAUCGGUGUAAAUACUCUAAGUUGAUGACGCGAUACAGAUCAGGUCAUGUACUAGCGAGGUAAAUUACAGAACACAACAAUCAUUUGUAAAAGACUUAUUGGCUGAAACUUAAGCCUGCUUUGAAACAUUAAUUACUUUCAAAAGCUACACAGUUGGAUAACGGCUUCUUACAGGUUGAUUACAGCUUGAAGACUAAAUACAAUUAUGACUUGACAAAUAAGUUUACGCUCAAUAAAUCAACAGGUUGUUUACGGCUGAAAGAAGUUAUGACUAAAGAAUAAAUGAUUUCUACACUGGCUUUUCAUAUUUUUAUCAGCGAAAGCAAAAUAACUGAAUAACAAUAAAUUAUCUCUUCACAGCUCGAUUUGAUGUCAUUAAGUGCUAUAAGCUUUUAUAAACUAGUGUUCUAGAAUCUCAUGCCGCGCAAGAACAUUAUGGUCUGGACUUUUUACAAUCCACAACCCGUAAUUUCUAGCUAUUUCUGACCAGAACAAUGUAUUAUUUGCCUUCAGGUCUACACACUGGCGAAACCUAAGGUGAAAGGACUCAGUUAAUUCACAAAUUUAAAGCUGUGGGCGGGGUAAUUUUACCCACAGAAAACAUGCUAAAAUGGGAAUCGGAAAAUGCUUUGAUAUAGUUUCGUCAGGUAUAUAACUUAUAUACUCUUAAAUUAAAGUCACGGACAUGGGGAAAUAGGACUAGAGAAAAUAGUCACGAUAGUGAAUAGGCUACCAUCUUUUUAUUCAUUACUUUAUUAAGUGUGUAUCCCAAAACUAAGGCAAGAAGUCGAUGACAAUCUCUAUUUAUUACCUUUGGAAUGGUUCCCUCUUUUCAGAUUCUCGAGGUGACAUAUACACUACUUUGCCCACUACAAGGACAGCUACUUAUAAAGUCUAUAAAGGCAUGUUUGAUUAUACUUAGUAUUAAGGGCCUGUUUGCAUGGAGGUGGAGGACCCCAGAUAGGUGAGGUAACAUGUGGUGGGUCAACCCAGGACAGGCGGGUUACCCCACCUAAGCGGGUUACCUCACCUAACUGGGGUCUCCCACCUCCAUGUAAACAGGCCCCAACUAUGAUUUGCUUAUGAUGAACUGACCACUGAAAGCAGGUAAUAAUUAAGUGGGAAAUUACAGACAGAGAAGGUCGUUACAAAUACAAUUUAAGAGACUUAGAAUACGCCACUUCAUAUCGGCUUAUUCGAUCGGCCAGGGAAACUGCUUUAGUGAGUGGUCGCCCUAACUUUCGCUCCGUUCGUAACCAAACGUGUAGCAGUAAGCAGACGAAACUUUAGGAGCGAUCAACCCGAGACAAGUGAUAACACUUUAUUUUUAUCAUUUAACCUAGCAGUAAGCUCUUGAUCAUAAUUAUUCUAUCUUUUAUGUCGUUGGUCCUUAUUUGAACAUAACAUUUUUCGCUGAGGUCACUGGUUGCAGGAAAGAUCCAGUUUUCUUGGCAAGCCGCUAAAUAACGAAAUAAUCACUGAACUACAACUGAACGGAAUUACGCAUAUUCUUUUAAGACCAUCUCUAUGUUGGAUUUUACUAAAAGAGGAGUGAGGAAAGGGAAACGAAAAAAACAGUUUCAUCUCAAUGGCUGUGUACUUAGCCUCUCUUUAAAAUAGAGACCUUGUGCAACUCUGAAAUGACCUAUCGUGACUUGUACUUCCACAACGUAACAACCACUUCUUCUGUUCAACUUUUCUUUACCGUUUCAACUCUACUUAUUCCACCACCACAUCAAUUGUUUCGCCCAGUGGUGAUGGCUUUCAUUUAAUGACAGCUUCGAUUGUUUCUCUUUUGCAGAUACUCAUACAACUGCCCAUAAUCACGUGUAUAAUGAGCCAACCAGGGAAGUUUCAGCAAAAAAGAUAACAGGUGUAAUGGCAACGAUACAGUUUUAUCACGGCUCCAUCAUGCCGUAUUGUACCUUAAUUGUUAUUGUUUUCAUUUCUAAUAAAUAGCAUUAAUAUCAUAACUAUUGAUGUAUUCUCUCUCAAGUGUUGCUGAGAGAUGCAUAGGUGACAUGUGCUAUAUUUCUCGAUCACGAAAAAUGAUGGAAAAACUCUGAGAGUCUAAUUGGAAACAGAAUCAUUUUAGUAUUAUUAAUGUAUGCACCAUGAAUGUGAAGGCGUCCUUGCAAAUGGUUAUAAUGUGGUCUAUUAAACGGAUACUUGGCAAGUGAUUAUAAGUAUGAAUAUAGGAGGUAAAAUACGGUAGGCGAAAUGAUAAUUUUUGACUAACAAAAAAAGAAUGACAGUCGACGUUCGAUUGAUUUUUCCCUUCUCGGCAUGCAUCGAAUGAAGAGAAUAACUAUUUUUGCUCGAUAGCUUUCGUAUCCAUACAACAACAAUAACAACAACAAUUGCAACAACAACAACCAACCAUUUUAUAUUGCCAACUUAAAACAUUUACAAUAACAGAAUAAAUUAAAAUAGAUCAGGCGAAAAAACUACUCAGAAUAGCAAAAAGAACUAAACGAGAUGAGUCGGUUACAAUGAUUAUAGGGUUGUAUCACACAUAUAGGUACAGAUCCGCAACUCGUAGUGACACUGAGAAGUAAAAUAACAGGAAAAAUACUUGCUAAGACAAUAUCCCAUUGGUCAAUCAUCAGAAAGGGUCGAGAAGCACCAAGGUUUACAGCAUGUUUAAUUGUUUAGUUUAUAUCAUCACGAAACCGAUCGAAGAGAACGGCUGACUUAGGAUUAAUUAGCUAUAGCGGCCUAGAGCCCUUAUUUUUCGUAAACCAUUUAUCUGCUUAGUUUGGUUCGAUUUGAAUCAAAACUUGCGUAUUAUGAUCCGACAAGAGCCAUAAUGGCUCUUGGUUCCGAUACCCUUACGGGAGCAUUGUCUCGUCUCAUGUAGGUCGCAUCAUUUCUCUCAUCUUAUUUACUCCGUUUUCUGAAUCACGGGUUUUCAUGACCACUCUGUUUUAUAAAGCAGUGAUAUUACAAGGAGGAAUUUGACACUGAUCACUUAGGGCUUAAAUGGUUAAGGAGUGGAGACUGCUGACACUGAAGAACUGACUAGCUAUCAACGGAGCCGGAACCAGUCAAAGGCGUUUUUAAUUAUUCUCUGAUUCUUUGAAAAAAAGCCCUGUAUUUCCUGUUUGUGGAAAAAAUGAGACUAAAUAUAUGAAUAAAUAAAUAAAAAACAAGCAACUCCAUCCAAAUACUCGACAGAAAAAGGGAGAAUUAAGGGAAUGGAGUAAAGUACAUCAUAGUUAAAAUAAGAUAGCAUUGUAAUGGUCGGCCGCGCGUGUGUUGUUGAACCCGCACGAAAACGAGGUAAAAGUUUUUACUAACAUCUGGCGAGAUUUAAACUAUGUGGUAUCUGAACCAGUCAACAUUAAGAAAACAAUGUUCUCUAAUAAGGAGACGUAUAAUAGAUCCCUAUGACUAAAUGCAAACGUUUUAGAGCAGGGAAAGAUAAAGGGCAGUUAGAGGUGAAUCCAAGUUUAGUAGCAGUGCAGUUCUUCUGCAGAUGGCCUCAUAGUAAAGAUCUCGCUAGGCACCUCGAGUGACGGCUAUCCGUUGUCAAUUAUGAAUGAUUUAGACCGUUUUCAUGUUUUUUUUUUUCCAUUUAACCAACAAGCAAAUGAAACUCAUAAAAACGCCAGAAGAAGUUUGAAAAGUACAAAUAGAAUAACGCCGGUAUCAUAAUUCAUUCCGUAGAAACAAUUACUUGAAUUUACGAGUAAAAAAUAGAAAAGUACAUGUACCUGGAAAUAUAUGUAACACUUAGUUGAGGCUAGGCUCGUAAUGCACCUGAUGGUGAAAGAGAUUGCGGAAACUGAUGAGAUGUCGCCCAGUAUAUCAAACUAAUAAUCUAGAUACAUGCGGAUGAAGAGAUGGUCAAAGUGUCGGGGUGCAUGGAAGAGAAGUAUUGAAUAACGAAUAACGGAGAUAAAAAGAAAAGGAAUAAUGAAUUUUUCCUCUUCCACCCCGGAGAAAGGGGAUAAAGUGUCAAUGUUUGUGUAACCGCCGACAGGAAAUGGUACAUAUUGCAAAUUAUCGAUACCUGGUCCCCGAAGUGUCUGUAAUAGAGAGGUUAGGUUUGUAUGAAUUUGCUCCUAAGGGCCGAGAUUUUGUGUCCGUUGUACGUAUUAUUAAUAGAGGUUGUUUGUAGAGGAAAUGUAUGAGAAUUUUGUCGGUACAUAGGAAACUGUCCGUACUAGAGAGGGUGUCCGUAUGGAGAGGUUCGACUAAUUAUGUUCCCUUUUCACCGGAUCCUUUUUUUUUUCACAGACGGCGCAACGGAACAGACUCUUUUCCCCACGGUAGUUGUUUUAGGAAUUUGUCUUGCCUUAUCUGUCGUGGGCAUCAGUGUGCUUGUUUGGAAGUAUUAUCGUCAUUUACAUGAGGAAAGGAUAAAUAGAAAGGCACAGAAGAGUCAACGUAAGAACAGUUUCAGUACGCCAAGAGAAGUCGAAACUCCUCUCUAUUUCGAGCUUAGUGGAAGAGGCACAGAAGAUGAACAAGAAAGAAGUUACCAGAGAUUACAGCAUAUCGAUACCUCCUCCAUAUAUGAGAAUGUUGCAGUUGUGUGCAAAACCGGAGUAAACCGCCAUGCGGCCUACGAAAACGUAAGAAAUUCAAACAUAUUUGCCGGUUUCAAACAUGUCCGUGUCAGCUCUUAUUACCCUUGAAAAAAAUUUAUAAAAACACCUUUCUAUACUAGUACUUUCAGUAUUUUGACGACAAAAAGCUAGAACCCGCAGAAGAUGUUAGGCAUUUCGCGAGAUUAGUAGUCUGUGCCAGACGUUCGGCCAGAGCAGACGAGCGAAAAGCGGACGAGCAAUGAAUAAGGGAGCGAACGAAAAAGGGCGAGAAGAAAAAAGGGGAGUGUCUGUUAGCAUCUUCUAUAGACGAAUUUUGGUUUAAUCGCUGUUUUCGUGAAAAUAACCAGAGAAAUUUCAAAAAGAGCUCAGCAUUGCGUUUACCUUGAUUUACACGUUUUCGUGUUUUUCGAUAUCGCACAAGUUUACUUUCGAUUAGCCGGUUGUAUAGUGUAUGAGGGUCAUUUACAAAACGAACGAGUGAUAUUGACGUUUCGAAAACAUUCAAAGAGUAGCAAAAACUUGUCUGCAUAUUAAGUCCAGUCAUUUUGUAUACCCUUUUUGUAGAAAUUCUAAGAUAUCUCGAAAUUCCUCUUAUAGAUUAUAUUUAUGUGAAACUUCACACAACGGAAGGCAAGCACUCAAAGUAUAGGAAGCGUCAAACAUUUCUGAAGAAAAUGCCGGGCUUUAAUUCGAUUUAGAGCUUAAACUAUUGUGACGUCAUUGUCACGUGAUAUUUAUUCCGAUCGCCUAAAAAAUGAUAUCAUAAUAAGUUUAGUCUAUGUGUGAUGCAUAUGUAUAAUGGUUUUACAAUAUAUAAAGAUAAAUUUGUUUAAGUCUGAAAGAUUCAAAGAUAAAAGGUGUACCUAUAACAAAAAUAGUUACUGGGUCGAGCCAUCGUCAUGUGAAAAUGGAACGGUUUUAAUUUUGGAUGAAUAAUCCAUCUGACUUUGUAAAUCUGUUUAACUGCCAAUCGCCGUCUCUAAGGUUACAACGGCCGGUUUCGACUUUGCUUGGUUACGUCGUCCAUAAACGCUAAAUUAGGAAUUUUAGUCGUACAAAAACAGUAAAUAAAGGGUGAUGCAGUUCUGCAUGUGUAAAAUUGUUAUUUUGCCCAUUUUUAAUCGUAAAAGUACCUCGAUACCUUAAAGAAUACGCUUGUCAAACUUAGCUCCCAAAUUUAAAGAUUCAUUGGAAUAUGAUUGUACAGCAAAAAACUACAUUCCAUGGCAAUUAUUUCAGUGAAAGAAAAUAAUGAUCGCUGAUUGCUAUACGUCGUUCAGCUGCGGAAAACAGCCUGCAAAUGCUGGUAGUGAUAGUAAACAAUAGGGAACUUAAGCACCAGAUGUUCUUGGUAUCACGGACGCCAACCGGAGGAUUUUUGCAGCAUGACAGCCACCGCGCAUGUCAAGACGUUCCUGAGCUGCGGUCACGGACUUCAAAACGCGAGUUCUCAGGUUGAAACCAGAGGUUCAAAUUCUGGGUUCUUCGGAGAGUAUUCGUCAUACAAAAGUAGAAAUUCCUCGUCUGAAAUAACGUUUUCUUCGUAAGAAAGAAACAGAACUUAACGCAAAUCUCUGAAAGACAUUUUCAACUGAAUUAUUCUGUCGACCGGCGUUCAUAAUGGUUUCACGUUGUUUUGCUUAAUGAUUUGCACUUGGCGUGCAAACCGCGUCCCCGAUCCAGUUCUGCGCUGCCAGCCAUGCCGUUCGUGAAUCAAGAACGUCUGGUGCUUAAGUUCCUUAAUUUGCAAUCUCUACCCCAGAGCUCUUCUGCGCAUGCAGAGUCGUUUAAAGGUCACUAUUGAAAACAAUAUUACAGGCUCAACUUACCCGUCUCUCCCCACAGGCGAGCCAAACUCGGUGCGUAAAUUAACGCAAGUUUCGAUACUGUUUUGCAUAUUACGAACGAUUUAAAGAAUUUGUAUGAGAAAUUCAAUUUUGUCGUUAAACCGUCGAAAUAUAGGUAUAAAUAUAGAAAAAGAUUUUACUUACGUAAACUUGGGCCUGUUGUUGCUUUUUUCUGUGUAACCUGGGCUUAAUAGGCCAUUUCCGAGUUCCCCCGGGCCCCUCAGUUUCAAAACGAGGGUAGGUGCUCAGCCUUUGGUAUGGAAAUCAUUUUUCAUUCUCAUGCAAAUAAAACUCAUUUUCACAAGAAAGGUUGUGCACCUAGCCUCAUUUUGAAAGUGAGGGUUUUUGGAUCUUGGAAGUGGCCUAUUUAUGGCCAUUUUAUACGGUUUUGCGGUUUUUCUGGGCAAUCUGACGUGCGCUCAGGAACCUCGAUGACUGCGUGUUGAGUGGUGAACGCGAACCUUUUAUAUACGCUCAUCCAAUUGUAUGAUUCCAAACACCGCUCACGCGCAAUCAGAAGACUAUCUGAGGGUAGGAAGAUCCAUGUUUUGUCAUGCAAUAUUGAUUACCCGGAUCCCCUCAGUCCAUGUUCGCGUUCACCACGCAACACGUAGUCAUCAAGGUUCCUGAGCGCACGUCAGAUUGCCCAGAACCAAAAGCUUUCAAAACAUUUUUCCACAAAAAACACAUCGCAAUACCCAUGAGGUGGGGAAGGGAUAAGAGACUGACUGGUGGAGGAUUUGGCUCCUUUUUUUACACGGAAUUCAUAAAUUGUCUACUGAAAUAUGAAGAAAGGCCAAUUUAAGCUCCAAAAGCUGCCCCGAUAUCUCAGGAUUACUUGAGAAGUUGCUAAGAAUGCAAAAAGUUGCUCGAAAUACGAAAAAUUACCAUAAAGUUCCCGAGCAACUUGUGGAAAGCCCUAAGCCUGGAACAGGCUAAGAGACCACUUACUUCGUGACAGGACGCAAAAAAGAGUGACCAGUCCUCAGAAACAUAUAUAAUCUUCAAAGAAUUAAUGUCAUGUGACGUAGCCAAGACUGUGCUCCUGUUCAAAUAAUAUUACCACCACUCUUAUGUUAAUGUAACUACGAUAAUGAUUUCAAGUCUUGUAUAUUUUUUGUAAAAAUGACAUAUUACUUGCAGGUUCAUGAUGGUGCUAAAAAGACGACUUUUCCUCGCACUUUCUAACAGGCGGAUGAACGUUUGUAACGUUACAAUGGGCAAGAAAGCACUCCGUUAACAGCAGAACACAACAAAAAAUCCUCUUAAUUAUUUCCCGACGUUUUAUGUGACUUUUCAACCAUUCAGGGGGUUGUUAUCAGUUUAAAUUACAUUUAGUAUCCACUUUGUUUCCUUUGUUAAUAAAAACACAUAAAAGAACCAGACCAAUAUCCUGCCAUCAUGACCAAACAGUUGAUCAAUAAAGGAUAUAUUGUAUGACCAAAAAGAGAAUUUCUUUCUUGUGGAACCAACCCCGGAAACCUCUUGCGGAUAAGAUGGUCCCACCAAAACUUGCAGACUGAGCAAUCAAAUUCCUCCUUUUGUUAAGCUUGUGAUAUAUGAUAUAAGUUUUCCUUUCUAAAAUUGAUAGAAAAUGACGAAUUUAACAUUCCAAAUUUCCAUCUCCGGCAAAACCUUGUUGACAAUUGCCCACCGUGAGAACACUGCAUUUGUUGUCACCUACUUUUUAACCACUUUAUGCAUGAAGAUACACACUUCCUAGCCUGCGUAGCAUGGCGGUUUUGUCGGGAGCACUACUGAGCGGCAAAGCCGCAAAAACGCGCGAAAAGCGAAGAAUUUCUUGAAGAAAAUAAAAGUUUUUAAGCCUCUCAUGAUAAGCGACACAAACAUAAGAACAGGCAAUAUUGAGUUAUAUACGGAGGGACAAGAUAAUCAUUAAAUUUUAAGUUAGACUACGCGGUACGAAAUCGAGUAUCCACUCGUACUUGGUUUGAGAACUCGUACACGCACUCAUUCUCGUAGUUGUAGAAAUUAUCCCGUAGUCAAAACUGAGUUUCAUUAGCUAAUAUUUGAUCCUUUUUUUGCCAAAGUUAUUUGGCACAGUUUAAGGAACGGCAAGACAUGAAGAGCUAACUAAAGCUUCAUUUAACACAGGGCAUGCGUCCUCUAAGUCCAGUUUUCACUUUUUGUGUACCCUGUUUUAUCCGUUAUUUCAUCUUUCUUUAAUUUUUGGUUUUUGUUUUUUUCAUUUAUAUACACAAAACGAAAUAUCUCCUUGGACCUCUUCUUGGCACACUGUGAUAAACAAACUGACCCUCUUUGUAAGACACUUACAUCAAUCUUUGAUGAAUUAUUUUAUAUCUUUUUUAAUAAUAAUAAUAAUAAUAAUAAUAAUAAUAAUAAUAAUAAUAAUAACAACCUCUUAUUGAUAGCAAAACUAAUUAUUAAAACCUAUUUUCAAUUAAUUUCGCUGAUGAAGAAAAAUAUAUAAUAUAUAUAUUCAUUCAAAGCACUAUUUACAAGUCAUUUCAUUUCAUAAGCUCCCGUUCAUUUCGAUUUAAAAAAAAAAACUCAUUUCAAUUAAAAACAAUUCAUUUCGAUUAAAAAUGAAAUAAAAAUAUAAACAAGAUCCUAAAAUACUAAUUUACAAGCCCAUGCCACCAUCACCCUCUAAAAUCAGCGGACACACGCUUGGCUCGCGGCGUUUGCGCUAACGUUUGAUAGACUUUCAAAAAUUUCCUUCCUAAGAAGCUCGUGGGGUUGUAGCAAGUCUGACUACGGACAAAGUACAUCGCUGAUUGCCCUUUACUCCCCGGAAAAAAACAAAACAAAACAAAACAAUAAGGAAAGCAACAACAACAACCAGUGACAGCAUUAUCAAGAAGUGAACCAGGUCUCUUAGAAAUUUGUUUCAUAAUAAAUUAAUAAUAAUUAAUAAUUAACUAUUCAUGAAAUGGCGGCUUUCCAAGGUAUGAUAUUCUGACCUUCAGUUUCACUGAGGCUAAUGUGCCCUAACACGUGGUGUAAAGGCGAGUUCGAAAGCUUAAUAACAUGAGUUCAAGAUCUGAAAUCAAUCAUGUGUUUAAUAAAUGUUAUCGCGCUCAUUUCAAAGAAUAGCAAGGCCAAAUCCAAAAUUUCGGUUUUUCCUCUGCGUGCGUGUUUCAUCAGUUCAGUGAUAUACGCUGCAGCCCACUGUUGGGGUUUUAUUCAUCCCCUUCAGUAAAAGGAUAUACAAAGCGAAAUAUUUUCUUGGCGCAUUUUGAUGAACAAGCUGGCACUCUUAGCUUUUGUUAGGCGAAUUUGGAUGAGGAUCAAAUUUUGCUAACGCGGAUCAGCAGACUAGAAUGAACGAAAAUGAUGUGUAUUGGAUUCAGUUCCACAGUCGCGCCCUUCUGAAUCACAGACGAAGACUAAAGCGAUGUUCACGAAGAUGAAAACUCGCGAUUUUAUUGUGUUCUUGGCCUUUUUACUUUUAUUUUCGGGUAAGAAAUGUCUUUCCAUGCUUAAUACUAAAUUCUUUUUCACUUUAAACGAUAUUUACCCAACGUUUUCUUUCAUUCAUAAGUUCUGUAGCCUUGUUUUCGACACUCCGCCGCCAAUGAUGUAUUGAACAUAGCCAACAUACGCGUUAACUUCACUGUCAAUAAAACUGAAAGAACGAUAACGAUCAACGACUGGAAAUUCAUACAGCAAAAAAGAAGCCAAAUCGUUUGGAAUGUAGAAACUCAAGAUGUACACGAGAUACCGGUAGAAACUGUACAGUACAGUAUCUUUAUUAAAUCUCCACUAUGUGGCUCUUCCGAUUUAAUUUACAAAUUUGGAAAAUAAAAGGAGAAAAAAGGCUAAUUUACAAAUCUAAUUAUUAAUAAUAAAUGGGAAAAAAAGGAAAAAAUAGCUACGAUAAUAUAUCGUAUAUACUAUAUACAUAUUAACUUGUUAUUGACUUAUAAAUACUCUAAUGACAAACUGUUGUAGUCAUGCUAGUUGUCGGUGUGACAUAGCUCCAAUUGUGCACCACGCUUGAAGCUAUUGAGCGUUUUACUAUUUCUUGUGUUUGCGCUUAGCGAGUUCCAAGUGUUUAUAGAUCGAGAAUGAAAGGAACGUUGUGCAGUAGCUGUCCUGCACAUAGGAACGUCGAGGUUUUCCCUGAAUCUGGUAUAAUUAAAACUACGGAUUCCUGUUCUUUUACUGUUGUAGCUAUUUAGGAGGAGGGCGCAAUUAAGUCCAUUUACUUUUUUACAACUGUCUGAAAUCACGGACUAACAUAGCCCGUACAUUAAGUUAUGGACCACAAAUCGACCAAUCGAAGGGAAGAAAACAGGUUAGCUAUAUAACAAAAACUGUAAAAACUCGGUUGCUAUCGUGACGUCAAUGUUACGUCAAGAGGACUAAUAAAUUUUAGGAAAGACGCUAAGUUUAGUGAUCAUAGGUAAAAUUUGUAUGGAGUUAUUCAGCAUUUUAGUAUUUUAGUGAGCAAAAGCACUCCUGGUCUCAAUUGGGGUUAAUCAACGUUAGGGUCUGAAGGCCAUGGCGGCACAUCACUACUCAAAAUUCCCUACAGUGCAUCCCCCGGGGGGACCGUUGAAUGAAAAAUGUGACUUUUCGCUUGGCCUUGAUUGUCUGCACUGAUAACGCUGACACUCUCAGAUACGUAGUCUUUCCGAUGUCACUGUUAUUUUGCAGUGCUUUUGAUAGCCUCGCUCUUUGGUGAAAAUAUCGGUAAACUAUAAAUAAUUAAUAAAGAAAUUGUUGUUUUCAUUUUCAGGUUCACUACUGCACUAUAUUGAAGCAGCUGAUGCUGGUAAGCUAUUUACGUCGUCACAUUCAUUAGUCUGUACUAUGGACAAUAGUGUGAUGUUUUUACAAGUCACGGGUUAGAAUAUCCUAAGUGACCGCGCGGCACUAAACCGUUUAAUAACAAGGUUGGAGUUGACCUUUGUUGUUGACCAUAAAAUUACUCUUUAGCCAACUAGUAUUUUUCAUCCAUCAAUAUAAUUUCAGUAUGAAAACAAAGGAGGUUUGCUUCAUAACAAGGUUAACCUCAUCCCCUUACCUCGUAUUUCCCCUAGUUUUCCUCGCGAACGAUUUAACUCGUUUUCCCCGAUCAUCUGAGCGCCGUGCUCUACUAUUUGAACAAUUCAAUUUACUCUCUAAAGGACUAUAAGUCAUUCUCGGAAUAUCGAUCCUCCAAAUUCUUCUUUGAUGAGUUAUAGAAAUAAGUCAGUAACGAUUAAAUUUUUUCGAUGUGCUUUUUGACAUUAAAACCAAAAGUGAAUUCCAUAACACCAAACAGUUGAGUCACUGCACUUACGUUUACAAAGGAUAACUUUUUACAGCAAACUACGCGCGCACUGUCUCUGAAUAAAACAGUUCAAGGUGUGUAGCAUGAAAAAAACGAGUCAAUUCCAGAGAAUUCAUGAGUCAGUAUUUUCUGCAUUGUAUUCCACUUUAUGAGUGAUGCUGUCGGUGAAUCAGAAGACGGAGAAACGUGAAUAUUGAGCUCUGUUCUUUUUUUUCUGGAACAAACAAAAAAAUCUCAAAAGUGCACGUUGCUUUUCUAAAACAUACGCCACUCUACAUUUCCCAUAAUGUACUUUAUUUGCCCCCCAAAAUUUUGCAUAAACAUUGUUUCCAAUUUCUCUUGGGACGGCUGUAAUACCCAGGAGAAAUGAAAAACAAAGGUUGUGCAAAAUUUGGGGGGUGGGGGGGGGGGGGCAAAUAAGGUGCAUUUUUGAAAAUGGGGAAGGGGCUUAUUUUUGGUUUUCAACCACGUGCCAAGGCGGCUUUUUUGGGGGGCAACACCAUAUCACCUUUUUUUUUAAAGAAUUGACAUUAAAUUUUGUUUUUUUUCAUUAUUUAUAUUUUUCUGUUACAUUAAACUUAAUGGGGAAAAUUGGGGGGGGGGGGGGGGGGGGGGCAAAUAAGGUGCAUUAUGGAAAAUGUGGAAGUGGCGUAUUCUUGGUUUGCAACCACGUGACAAGGCGGCCAUGUUGGGGGUCAACACUAUAGCACCUUUUUUCUCAAAGAAUUUACAUGAAAAUAGAGUUUAGUUCAUCAUUGAUCAUUUUAGCUUAAGUGAAACUUAAUUUUAUUUCUUAGUUUUAUGCUAAUCCGGCAUUUCACAACCUUCCUUUCGCUUGACCCAUACUAGCUGUAUUCUUAUUGUAAUUAUAGUUUGAAGAUAUUCGUUGUAAGGAUAUUUUAUAAUUGUAAUAUAGUUUUUUACUCUUUUUAGUCUUAUCCAUACAUAUAUUUGUAGUUCUUUUUCGUUAACGAUAUGUAUUUUGUCACUUAAUUUUUGUUUUGUAAUUUUAGUUUGAGGGCCACUAGUUAUUCAGUUGAAGUACUGUCCCGUGUUACCCUCGUUAAAUAAAGUUGAUUAUUAUUAUUAUUAUUAUUAUUAUUAUUGUUAUUAUUAUUAUUAGUUCCCAGAGGAGAGAAAUGCUUUUGUUCUUGACCACCAACAUGGUCGCCGUGACGUCACGUGCCGCGACCAGCAGUUAGUGUAAAAGAGCCAGCAAAAUAUCAGUAGCUUUUUUUAAGCAAAACUCUUGAAAUUCAUGAUAUAAAAUUCGGGGCCAAAUGUUUAGUAAGGAAUGAUUUGACCAAACAGUACUGAGGGUCCAUAUGGGCUUCGCUGCAUGGGCAGUUGUGAGAUUUUUUUGCUACACCGAGCAGUUUUUAGUGGAGCUUUGCGUGACGAUUCCAAAAACGGCUGGGUGUAGCAGACUAGAAUUGAUGUAGAUUACAUGUGUAAUUUUGUUUUGACGAGGAGAAGAAAAAGAGUGGAUAUUUUCGUCGCCCUGGAAGAUAAAAAGACUGAUUAAUUGUUAAUUAUUUUUCUUGCUCAAUUCCUAGUCGUUCGGUUGGUUGGUGGACGUGGGCCUUUUGAAGGUCGAGUAGAAGUGUUUCAAAGUGGAACCUGGGGCAGAGUGUGUGGCUACAAGUGGGAUUUAAAAGACGCCAAAGUAGUUUGCCGAGAACUUGGAUUUCCAGGAGAUCAUGCUGCUUACCGCCAAGCAUUCUUUGGGCAGGGAAAUGGGCCAAUAUGGAUGAAUAAUGUUAAGUGUACUGGAAAUGAGAUUUCGUUAGCAGAAUGUCGGCACAGUGGCUACUGGAGGGGGAACGACUGCUAUCACGAAGAAGACGCUAGUGUUAUGUGCUAUGGAGGUGAUUAG